CGCAGCAAACACCAAGCCUCCCCUCGUGGCUAAGUACUGAUAAAGUACCAAGAGUCAGAUCAAAAAUCAAAUUGAAAUCUAAAGCUAAAAGCAGAAAGAUUACUCUGGAUUCCAAUGAAAAUAUAGAUGUAGCAAAAGAUCCCCUUUCAAUUGAACCACCAUCUGUUCAAUCCUUGGUGACCUGUGAAAAGGGUACAACAUUUUUACAUUCACCUGUUUCUUUCAUUCCCACUGUUGAAAGCAUUCAGCACCCCGCCACUCAUCCUGUUGAAAACAUUCAGAACCCAGCUACGAAAUCAAUGUUAUUAGAGUCAUCCCCUCCCGUGUCAACUUUACUACCUCACACAGGUCCAUCGUUUAAUGAAUUGUUACCUCCAAAUUCAUCAACAGAACCACAUUUCUCAAAACACCGUCCUGCCAGCACGCCAUCUUGUAUAGAGCUGCCAAAUGCUGUUCCAUCUGUAACAAGACCAAGCUCUGUAGAGCACAACAUUGAGGAUGUGUCAACAGAGACAAUGCAUUUACCUGUCAUCACACCAGGGGAAACAAAAACACAGCCUGAUUCUGCAUCACCUUCAGUACAAGAGUGUCUGCUUUCAAAGGAAGUAGAGUAUUUUUCAAAAGUUCAACCUUUGCCGACCUCUAUUUCAUAUAGUCUUCUGACUUUACCACAGAGUGUUACAUUCUCAGUGGUGCACCCUAACCAUGCAUCCUCAAGGUAUACCCUUCCCACAACUACAAACAGCAUGGGGCAUAUUCCUCAGACAUCCAGCAUUGAGGUUCUUCCCCUACGUCAUGGUAAGAAUAAUGUUGAGGAUAAAAAUUGUAUGAACAACACACAGCAGAUCUCACUUCCAUGUCCUACAGUUCCUAGCCUGACACUCGAUUCCAAUAGGUCCACCCCAAGUGAUUUUGAAAUUGAGGUGGGCACUGAGGACAACUUUGAAGAUGAUGGUAAGUUCAGACCCAUUCACCAACCAAAGUUAAGGAAACUAUCCUGGAAAGACUACGCUGCUCCAUACAGCAGGUUAGUUCCCACAAGCCUGAGUGAUUCCCCGCCAAUGUCACCGUGGGGCUUACCAUCUGGUGGGCCGAGCACUUCAGCCAUAUUCCACCAAGAUCAACAAAGAGCAUUGCUUAAUAAUUCUGUGUUGACCAAUCAGCAUGCUAAGAAUGUUAGCCAGAAUAUUUCCAAGAGAAGGAAAAGGGUUAAAAAUUUCAGAGGUAAGAAGUCCACUGAAAAGAAAAUACCAGUUACACCUUCAGCUCUUGAUGAAUUUACACCAACUGAGACUGCGGAGUCAGUCACCAGCUACUUGACUAAGAAAUUCUCCUCCACACCUGGUUCUAAAAUAAAAGGCCCAAGAUUAUUGCAUGACCCUUCCAAAAAGAAAGCCACACCCCAGAAGUCAGAAUCUGACACAAGCCUUGCGCCAGCAUCUCAGAUUCUGCCAGGACCAAUUAGCACUGCCGAGUUGUCCAAGACACCAAGUCUCAGUGAAAUAUUUGGCAUUGAGAUUAAAAAUAACGCCAAGUCUCUAACUUUGGCAACAGACACCAAGAGUGCUAAAUCCCAAGUUGAAGCGAAAGGAGGCGCAAAUAAAGAAAUUUUACAGGUGGCCAAAAAGAGAACCUCACAGGUGGCCAAAAAGAAAACUUCACAGGUUGCCAGGAAGAAAACUUCACAGACGGUGAUGGAGAAAAGAUCACAGGUGGCAAAAAAGAGGACUUCGGGUAAGAAAAAGGGGCUGGGUGCCACACAAAAGUUCAACAGCAAGCUUGAUGUAACAGACAUAACAACUGGUCUUAAGACUUCUGAUAGACUUGAAACUUCAGCUUCUGAUAAUACUUUCAAAUUGCUGUCGCCUGAAUCCCAAGAUGUCAUCCAACCCACUUCAGAUAACUUUGAGUCGAGACAGCCAGCCAUCAAGAAUGAGUUACUG